GAACUUUUCCAGGGAAAGCCUUUCAAUAUGAGCAAAAAUUGGUUUUGUAACAGAGGUCUAUCACCUAUCACACAGCAUCCAAGAGAUGAAGAAAAAGAUAAGACUUCUGAAACAGUGAUUACUGAUUCACGUAAGGUGUCAUCUGUGGUUAAACAAAACAGCGACCACAGUGACUGCAACUCGGUAAUAUCUUCUACAUCCCCCAAGAUAUGCUGUACACCCCCAUCAUCAUCAAUAUCCGGUUUAUCAGAAAAUGUUCAUUGCAGUAACUUGUGCAAGGACUCUGAGUACAACGUUACCUCGAAUAACGAGAGCAUAGUGGAAGAUCCAGACCACCAAAGUGAAUCUAGCUCGUUCAUAUCUCUUACUUCGCCUAAUAUAUGCUGCACACCACCAUCAUCUUCUGUAAUUUCUGAUGCAGAAGAUGAAGAUUAUAGUCCCCACACUAGUGAAGAGGCUGAGGACGAGGAACUGGACAGGAGCGAUGAGGCCAGAGACAACUUACAUUCGGCAAGUGUCAAGAAGAAUGUUACUAUACAUGCAAAAGCUGAAUCAAUUCCCACCGCAGAAUGUGAUCAGUCUGCACCCAGUCAGUCUGGUUCUUCAUCAGUGAAUACUGGACUGUCAGGAAAGAAGAAAAAAGUUACAGUUUUCUGUUGUUUUUGUGAAUGUGAGGUUUUUCAUUUUCCACGUCAUUUGAAAAGAAACCAUACGAAUGAAAUUGAGGUACAAGAAUUUCUAGCUUUACCUGUUUUAAGCCGUAAAAGGCAACAACUGCUUUUUGCUCUAAGGAAAAAGGGUAAAUUUAUCAACUCUACGCCUUUGAGGGGAGAGGGGAUAAAACCUGUUAGAAAAGGUGCGGAAAAAAACGGAAUAUCUUCCAUGCAUCCACUGUAUGGGUUACUAUUCUGCAAAGAACUUAUGGCGUCAUCGCAAACAAUGUGA